AUGAAUCCGGCAAACUUCCCCAAUGUUGGCGGGGCCAUGAAUGGCGGAGUUAAGCCGCAUGGCCAAAUGCAACUUCCGGCCAAGCCUGAGAAUAAUCAAAUAAUCCUCCAGCAAGUCGCACAGGCGCUGCAGGCACAGGGCCAAUAUUCCGGAUGGCGAGCGGAAGUUCCCAUCAGAGAGCGAGCACUCAAGGUGUACCAAAUGAUUACCUCACUGCGUCUAAUACAACCUCGUAUAGACAUGCAGAAUGCUGCGCAUGCUGCCUUGACCUUCGAACAGAAGGCAUUCAAAGAAGCUGGUCAGAAGGCCGACUACGAAAGGGAAUGCAAUGAGAAGCUCCUUCAUAUUCGCGAUACUCGUGCCAGACAAGCAGCCGUUAUGCAAGGUGGGAUGAUGCCCCAAGGGCCAGCCAUGGGGAUGCCUGGAGUGGGGCAGCCGCCAUUCAACCCUCAAAUGAAUCGCCCCGUGCAAGCAUCGCCUUUGCCCGGACAACAGCAAAUGUCGAUGGGCAUGGGUGACCUGAACCAACAAGCUGCAAUGCAACACCGCCAGCAAGCGCAGCAGCAACAUCAGAACCUAUUACAGCAACAGCGCCCGCAACAAAAGCCUGCAAAUGGCGCAGCGCUUUCGGACGAUUUAAACACCCUUUCAGCGUCAGAGUACGAGCAAGUGUGUCGCAUAGCGAGUCAGAUCAUUUCGAAGACCUCGCCAGAGGAUCUCGAGAAAAUUAAGAUGAACCUGCAGAACAUGACGCCCGAGCAGCGGGGGUAUUUGCAACGGAAAAACAUGGACCCGAUCACCUACUUCUUCCGUUCCCAGGCACUCAAUCAGUUGAAGAGAUAUAAGAAGAAUCGGAGUGAUAUUCGCCCUCCAGGUGCUGGGGUUGAUCCCAACGGUGCCAUGAUGGGCGACCCCAUGAUGAACACACAGCGGCAUAUGUUCCAGAAUAUGAUGAACGCACAACGCAACUCCUUCUCGGUAGGCGGGCAGCAGGGCUUGGAUCCGUCGUCGUUCAUCGGAAAUGUUGAGAACAUCCAGGGGCAACAGGCGGAUGGGUUGCGCUCUCAGGAGGCGGGCCAACUUGUGGUGCCCGCGAGCUCCUCGCAGAUGAACCAGCAACCCUUCACGACACCGCAGAAUAUGUUCCAGGUCGGACAGCAGCUUGGUCAGGGCGCGCAGGGAAAUAUGAACGGCUCCGGAAUAAGCCCGCAGUUUCUAGCCCAGCAGCAUGUGCAGAAUGCACAGACUAUGCCGCAGGAUAGGUCUCAACAAGCAUCUCAAUUCCAGGCGCAGCCACAGGCGCAAUCUCAGUCGGCACAAGACCAAGCACGGGUACAAGCAGCCGCCAAAGUACAAUUCGCCAUGUCACAAAACCAACCUGGCGCGCGUAUGCAGCAUCAAAUGUCCCAACAAAGCCCGGCUAUGCCCAUGUUGAAUCGGCCAAUGGCUCCCGGUCAGAUUUCUCCGCCACAAGGAACAGCGCAAGUCCGGCCUCCAUCGCGACCCCAGGGCAUGGGACAACAGCCUGGUAACGUUCAGAUGAACGGACAGCCGUCUAUGCAAAGACCACAGAUACCACCUAACCUCCCCCCGCAAGUUCAGGAGCAACUCAAUGCAUUGAGCAAUGAACAGUUAAGCGUGUUUCUCAUGAACCAUCAACGGCGUGCGCUGGCGAACAACCAGGCCCUGGCUAGGGCAAACGCCUCGCAGCAGUCUAUGCCCAUGCAGCAGAAUCUAUCGCAGUCUAAUCAAGGCCAGCAGAUGGUCAAUGGCCAAAUGAUAAACGGCCAGAUGCAGAAUGGGCAGAACCUACGAGCGUCUCUGAAUCUGCAACAACAGCUUGCGGGAAUGGGUGGUGCCCAAGCGCCUAAUCAGAUGCUGCCAGGUCAGAUGUCCGUCCAACAGCGACAGCAACAGCAGCAACAGCAGCGCCAGCAGGAUCUCUAUAAGCUCCAGCUUCUUCGUGCGCAUAGCGGCGGUAUGGAGAUGUCUCCCGAACAGGUCAAAGAGAUGGAUCGAUUGCAUUUCCCUCCCGCGAUAUUGAACAACAAUCCGAACAUCUCCUCGGCUGUUCCGAAGAAUAUCAAGACCUGGGGUCAGCUGAAGCAUUUGGCGGCCACAAACCCGCAACUCCUGGGAGGCGCCGACAUCACGAAGCUGUUGGCGUUGCAGAAACUCCAUCUCGCACAGAUUCUUGCCCAGUCAAAAGAGAAUGCUCGCAACCCCGAACAGGGCGGACAAGGACCUUGGAUGCCGACGCCGUUCCAGGGGCAGCCGCAGCCAUUGAUGAACCCACAGCUCCAAGCUGGCCAGCAGCAGAUGCCAAUGAAUAUGCCGGUCAUGCGUCCCAUCUCCGCGCAAGAUAUUCAAUUGGCCCGCCAGCGCUUAGGCAGUCAGGUACAGAAUUUGAGCGAUGAUCAACUCCGCGAGUUGCUUCAUAGAAACCGACAGAAGCAAAUACAGGUGGCCCAGGGCCGUGCAGCCCAGGCCCUUGCCGCCCAGCAAGCACAACAACAAUCUCUAUCGGCACCGCAGCCACCGGUUACUGUGCCGCCCUCGAUGCCUCAAGCUAAAUCGGAGCCGCAGCCCUCCCAACAAACGGCGCAACAGUCCCAGCAAAGUUCGACGACAAAGGCUCAGGCACAGCCUGUACCGCCUGGCAAGAAUGCGAAAGGGCCUGUCGCAAAGCAGGCGCAGAAAAGAAAGUUGCCACAUGAUGAGUCUACAGAACCUCAAUCCACCCCCUCGCAGAAACCCGCACCUCCUGCACCUGCUCAGGUGGGAGCAACCCCUACACAAGCACAGGCGAAUAUGCUUCUCACUCGCGAGCAGUUGGCUGCCAUGACGCCCCAGCAACGCGUACAGUUCGAGGCACAAUUGCGCAGGCAACAACUCCAAAGCCGGGGCCCCGUCAGCAGACCGACUUCAGAUGAGCAAUGGAACAACAUGCCAGAAAAAUUAAAGCAGUUGUACAACGAAAUUGCCAGAAACACUCCUCCAGGGGAGCCUGCACCCAUUACGCCAGAGCAAAAGGCAACCAUGACGCAGCAGCUGCGGGAUAUCGUUGGAUACCUAAGUAGAAUGGAUACUCUUAUCCAAUUUAUGGCUAAAGUUCCCGGACAAGAGAAGAAUGUGCACAGCUUACUUUCAAUGCGGGUCUACUUAAUGAGGCAAUUCAAAGCAGGGCCUGAUUGGACUCUCAAUGACCAAUACACAAUAUCGCCACAAUAUCUGUCGAUGUAUACCUCUUCUAUCAAGAAGCUAUUCCAUACAAUGCUUGCGCGUCUCAGCCAACAGAUGCCAGGCCCGCGGCUCAGCGUCUCUCAGGGGGCACCUGCGCAACAGGCCAGCCAACCCAACAUGCCCGCCCUGAACGCAAGCAAUCUCCAGCAGUUGCAACAGCAGGAGGAAGCACUUCAGCGGGCCCGCCGAGCCUCCAGCCAAACUGUUUCGGGCGCUGCUGCCAUCCCACAAGCGCCGUUCGGAGCGCCUUCUCCUCAAGGUGUUCCCCAUGCAUACGGUCCGGGUAGUAUUCCCCCGGAACAGCUGAAACUGCCUCCCCCGAAGAAACGGAAGCAGUCUCAAACUGGUGCCACACCCGUUUCUGUCACGCCAACUUCCAAGGCGCAGGCAGGAAAACCGGCCGAUGCACGGGCGAACGGAGCAGCCUUGGGUGGAGCCUUCAAGUGUAGUGUCCCCGAGUGCCAGCAUCACUACCAAGGGUUUGCGGCACAAAACGCCCUGGACAAACACAUCGCAGAGGCCCACCAGGCUGAAGAGCCGAUUGAGAACCCGCUGGAGUUCGCCCUGGAAAGCUUCCGCAACUGCCUUGUGAAGGACGAAGAUAAGAGUGGGGUUCAAGACAUGAAGAGCAUCCCGCUCGUGAAUGGCAAGGCCGCUGCAACCUCGUCACCUUCGAAGCACGAGGUUAAACUCGAAGCGGCCACUCCAGUGCCCGCAAGUGCGACUCCGAUGGGGCGAGCUACCAGCCAAGUAGGGCCAAAGCCUAGUUCGCCAGCAUCGAAUCAACAAUUGACGCCUCGCACGUCCACGACCAAAACGGCAGUGCCGUCUCCCCUCAAGCCAACCGCCGGCAAAGACGGCAAGAAGGAGCCGGCUAAAUUGGCCGAGCCAGGACCCUCCGUGGACGCGGCUCCUCAAGACCCGUGGGCAAACAGCGCAAUUUCCCUCGACGCGAUACAGGAUACCUUUAUGGAGUUUGCCGAUGACGGCGGCCUUGGAUUCGGUGCCAUGGACGAAUUCCUUAACCCUGAGAUGUUUACCAACACGCAAGCGAAAGACACGCCGGAUUCCGUUGAGACCGGCCUCGUGACCCAAACCCCCAAGGAUACUGAGCUUCCCAAGACGGAUGAUCUCAGUGGUAAGAACGAAGGGAGUGAGGGCAGCUGGCUUCCAGCGGAUUGGGUUGCCUUCCCAGGCCGGCUGGAAGAUGGGAUUAUGAUGACGGAUCCGUGGGAGGAAUUUGAUUGGGAUCUGGUCGAGCGCAAAGACGGGGCGAUCAACGUUGACGAUAGCGGCAUCGCGAUCUGCGCGAUAUAGGAAGGUACCAUGUGAUGAGAAGCGUUUUAUGAUUUGAGCCGGCGAAAGGCGUGCGGAUUACCAUGUCAAUUGGCAUGGACCACGAAUGAUUACUGUACAUUAAGCCGAGGAGGACUUGUCAUUUCUAGUGCUUGACAUGUUGUGUGUUUCUUUCUUCUUUUUUCACCCUUUUCACUGGUCGGUAUUCUUCUGGCGCGGCGUUGGAUGGAGCGAGCGAUAAAAAAAGAGGGUUUAUUUGCUGAGUCGCCCUGGGAGCAAGGCUCUCUCGGGGGUGGUUUGAAGAGUGAGAACUGCCACGGCCUGAAGAAGAAUAGGGCUGAGGGUAACUGGAUGUAUCCCAUGGCUGGUCUGAAGCACCAUCUAGUCUAGCUUUAAUUACACCAAUAUUCCAUCUG